GUUUCAUAGCAAUGGAGCUCAGUGAUGCAAAUUUGCAAACGCUAACAGAAUAUUUAAAGAAAACUCUUGAUCCUGAUCCUGCCAUUAGACGUCCAGCUGUGCUCAGGAGUUACACUGGGCUCUGCACUCAGACUUACUCCUGGCGGUGCUUAGGGGACCAUAUGGGAUGCCGAGGAUUGAGCCCGUGUCAGCUGCAUGCAAGGCAAGCGCCCUACUCGCUGUACUAGUGCUCCAGGCCCUAGACUAAAAUAUUUUCACUCUGAGAAAUUUCUUGAAUCUGUAGAAGGAAAUCAGAAUUACCCAUUGCUGCUUUUAACAUUACUGGAGAAAUCCCAGGAUAAUGUCAUCAAAGUAUGUGCCUCAGUAACAUUCAAGAACUACAUUAAAAGAAAUUGGAGAAUUGUUGAAGAUGAACCAAACAAAAUUUGUAAAGCCGACCGAGUAGCCAUAAAGGCCAACAUUGUGCACCUGAUGCUGAGCAGCCCGGAGCAGAUUCAGAAGCAGUUAAGUGAUGCCAUUAGUAUUAUUGGCAGAGAAGAUUUUCCUCAGAAAUGGCCUGACUUAUUAACAGAAAUGGUGAAUCGCUUUCAGAGUGGAGAUUUCCAUGUUAUUAAUGGAGUCCUUCGUACAGCACAUUCAUUAUUUAAAAGAUACCGCCACGAGUUUAAGUCAAACGAGUUAUGGACUGAAAUUAAACUUGUUCUGGAUGCCUUUGCUUUGCCUUUGACUAAUCUAUUUAAGGCUACUAUUGAACUCUGUAGUACCCAUGCAAAUGAUGUUUCUGCCCUGAGGAUUCUUUUUUCUUCCCUGAUCUUGAUCUCGAAACUGUUCUACAGCUUAAAUUUUCAGGAUCUCCCUGAAUUUUUUGAAGAUAAUAUGGAAACUUGGAUGAACAAUUUUCAUACCCUCUUGACAUUAGAUAACAAGCUUCUACAAACGGAUGAUGAAGAGGAAGCAGGCUUAUUGGAGCUCUUAAAGUCCCAGAUUUGUGAUAAUGCAGCUCUCUACGCACAGAAGUAUGACGAAGAGUUUCAGCGCUACCUUCCUCGGUUUGUUACAGCCAUCUGGAACUUACUCGUCACAACAGGCCAAGAGGUUAAAUAUGACUUGUUGGUCAGUAAUGCAAUUCAGUUCCUGGCUUCAGUUUGUGAGAGACCUCAUUAUAAGAAUUUGUUUGAGGACCAGAACACGUUGACGAGUAUCUGUGAAAAGGUUAUUGUGCCUAACAUGGAAUUUAGAGCUGCUGAUGAAGAAGCUUUUGAAGAUAAUUCUGAGGAAUACAUAAGAAGAGAUUUGGAAGGAUCUGAUAUUGAUACUAGACGCAGGGCUGCUUGUGAUCUAGUUCGAGGAUUAUGCAAGUUUUUUGAGGGUCCUGUGACAGGAAUCUUCUCAGGUUAUGUUAAUUCCAUGCUGCAGGAGUAUGCAAAAAAUCCAUCUGUCAAUUGGAAACAUAAAGAUGCAGCCAUUUACCUAGUGACAUCGCUGGCAUCAAAAGCCCAAACACAGAAGCAUGGAAUUACACAAGCAAAUGAACUUGUAAACCUGACUGAAUUCUUUGUGAAUCAUAUUCUUCCUGAUUUAAAAUCAGCAAAUGUUAAUGAAUUUCCUGUCCUUAAAGCUGAUGGUAUCAAAUACAUUAUGAUUUUCAGAAAUCAAGUACCAAAAGAGCAUCUUUUAGUGUCUAUUCCUCUCUUAAUUAAUCAUCUUCAAGCUGAGAGUAUUGUUGUUCAUACUUAUGCGGCACAUGCUCUUGAGAGGUUAUUCACUAUGAGAGGGCCUAACAACGCCACUCUCUUUACAGCUGCAGAAAUUGCACCGUUUGUUGAGAUUCUGCUAACAAACCUUUUCAAAGCUCUCACACUUCCUGGCUCAUCAGAAAAUGAAUAUAUUAUGAAAGCUAUUAUGAGAAGUUUUUCCCUCCUACAAGAAGCCAUAAUUCCCUAUAUCCCUACUCUUAUUACCCAGCUUACCCAGAAGCUAUUAGCUGUCAGUAAGAACCCGAGCAAACCUCACUUUAAUCACUACAUGUUUGAAGCUAUCUGCUUAUCUAUAAGAAUAACUUGCAAAGCGAACCCUGCUGCUGUUGUCAAUUUUGAGGAGGCUUUGUUUCUGGUGUUCACUGAAAUUUUACAAAAUGAUGUGCAGGAAUUUAUUCCAUAUGUCUUUCAAGUGAUGUCACUGCUACUGGAAACACAUAAAACUGAUAUCCCAUCUUCCUACAUGGCCUUAUUUCCUCAUCUCCUUCAGCCAGUGCUGUGGGAGAGGGCAGGCAACAUCCCUGCUUUAGUGAGGCUUCUCCAAGCGUUCUUAGAACGUGGUUCCGGUACAAUAGCAAGUGCUGCGGCUGAUAAAAUCCCUGGGUUAUUAGGUGUCUUCCAGAAGCUGAUUGCAUCCAAAGCUAAUGACCAUCAAGGUUUUUACCUUCUGAACAGUAUAAUUGAGCACAUGCCUCCUGAGUCAGUUGACCAGUACAGGAAGCAAAUCUUUAUUCUAUUAUUCCAAAGACUUCAGAAUUCCAAAACAACAAAGUUUAUCAAGAGUUUCUUAGUCUUUAUUAAUUUGUAUUGUAUAAAAUAUGGGGCACUGGCACUGCAAGAAAUAUUCGAUGGUAUACAACCAAAAAUGUUUGGAAUGGUUUUAGAAAAAAUCAUUAUUCCUGAAAUUCAGAAAGUAUCUGGAAAUGUAGAGAAGAAGAUUUGUGCAGUUGGUAUAACCAAGUUGCUAACAGAAUGCCCUCCGAUGAUGGACACUGAGUACACCAAACUCUGGACUCCCUUACUGCAGUCUCUGAUUGGUCUUUUCGAGUUACCUGAAGAUGACACCAUUCCUGAUGAAGAGCAUUUUAUUGACAUAGAGGAUACACCAGGGUACCAGGCUGCCUUCUCACAGUUGGCUUUUGCUGGCAAAAAAGAGCAUGAUCCUGUAGGCCAAAUGGUGAACAAUCCCAAAAUUCAUCUGGCACAGUCACUGCAUAAAUUAUCUACUGCCUGUCCAGGGCGGGUUCCCUCAAUGGUGAGCACCAGCCUCAAUGCAGAAGCGCUUCAGUACCUGCAAGGGUACCUGCAGGCAGCCAGUGUGACGCUGCUUUGACCUGCAGCUUCUGAGUGGACAGCCAGUGAGCCCUGAGGAAGUCUUGGAGAUUCCUGAGCACAGCUGUGCAAAGACAAAGCAAGUUUCCUUUUGAACUUAUCUGUCACAAACUCCAUCUUGUAAAAUAUUAAAUGUUGCUUUAAGCUGAAUCUUAAGCAAACUAGGUGGUUUGUGUUAUCAUCAGUGGGUGAUGUUUGCAGAUUCAAGGGACAAGGAUUUGUAGUUUAGUGUAUGACACGGAUUUCAAUUUAGCAUUUGCACUGUUCGGAUCCUUUUAAAAGUUUUGAGGGACACUGUUUUGCAUCUGUCUUCCUCUGUAUUUCUCAUCGUUUGUAUUGUCCUUCCACUUUUACUGGGAAUGUAAGUGAAGAAUCACUUGUAAGUUGCCAGGAAAUGUAUUUUCAUAGUUUUAAAUCUAUAAUCAGUAAUAAAAGAGCCCUAAAAUACAUAUAGGAACAUCCUAAGGACAGGUUUCCAGUGCUCUCAUACUUCACAGGUUGUUUUUAAAUAACUUCAUCAAAGUCAUUAGUUUAGUUACAGACAUUCAAUAUCCCACCACCAUUGCACCUUCCCACCACUAUUAUUUCCGAUUUUUACCCCACCAUUCAAGCCUCCCUGCCCCGGGCAGAUGCUGGAUACUUUAUUAUCUAUUGCUUAUUUUGAACAUCAUGAGAGACUGCAGGGCCGCUUUUGCGACCGUGUGCUCCUGGAAUUCUAAAUUGUAAACGGUUGGGGUCCAGAGACAUCUCUGUAGGGAGCUAAGUUUGUUUUGAGAUUCAUUUGUGAGUCUCUGGGUCAAGGCCGUUGAUGUGCUGAGCUGACGCCCAGAGGCAGUUGGUGGGCGUGACAGCCGGGACCCCCAGCAGACAGAGAGACGGGAAGGAUUGCCGAGUCUUCAGUCCCUGCUCCUGAGUACCUGCGUUUUUCUUCUGGAAUUUUGUGGCCGCUGGGGGCUCAUAACUGGAGUGGGUGGAGGAAACACCCCCCCAUUUGAGGUGGCACUAGUCCAGAAAGACCUCUGGCAAGCUGCUGUCUCCCGGCAUUGGCGGCUGAGUCUCGGGGUCAAGGCCAUUAAGGUACUGAGCUGGCGCCCAGAGGCAGUUCAUGGGUGUGACGGCCGGGACCCAGGCAGGCCGGGAGACGGAAGGGCCGGCCCAUCUCUGCCGCCACCAUCAUACCAGCUACCCCUUGAGCCUGCCCCCAUAGCAGGCCCUCAGUAAUUUAUUUUACAUUGCUUGUUACAGAUAAUUUGCUGAAAGAAUGGUCAAAAAAUGUUUCCUCAGAAGCAAGUUAGUGAAGAUUGUUGUAUCUCACCAUGGAGUCCUUAAGCCCUUGUAUAAGAGAUGACUAAAAUGUUGUUACGGGUUACGCCUUCUGUAUUUAUAUUUUGUUAGUAGAGAGUUAGACUGUCUUCUGCAUUACAUCCCAUCCAAUCUGG